ACCAACGAUGGAGCGUCUGGCGCCCAAUGGAAACUUCCCGGGCAUGGUGCGCACCAGCGCCUGCAGCCUCUUCGGGCCCGUGGACCACGAGGAGCUGGGCCGCGAGCUGCGGAUGCGCCUGGCCGAGCUGAGCGCCGAGGACCAGAACCGCUGGGACUUCAACUUCCAGCAGGACGUGCCCCUGCGCGGGCCCGGCCGCCUGCAGUGGACCGAGGUGGACAGCGAGUCGGUGCCCGCCUUCUACCGCGAGACGGUGCAGGUGGGGCGCUGCCGCCUGCUGGUGGGGCCGCGCCCGCCCCCGGUGACCCUGGCUGUCAUCUCGCGCCCCCUCGAGCCGCCGCCCGGUGGUGAGUCCUUCGACGACUUCGAGGAGGAGGAGGAGCCCGAGGAGCCGCCCAGCGACCCGGAGCCGGAGCCCACCCCGCCCGCGGCCCGCGCCCGGGCUCGGGCCCCGGAGGAGGGCCGGGGGGCGGCCCCGCCGGCGGCCCCCGGCGUGCCCCCGAGCGUGGCUCGGCCCGCGGCUCCCGCGGCGGCGGCCCCCGAGGCGGUCCCGGAGGUGGCGGCGGCCGGCGGCGGCGGCGGCCCCCCGAGGUGGCCCCGGCUGCGCCCUCGGCGGCGGCCCCCGAGGCGCCCCCGGCGGCGCCGCCCGCCGCGGCCCCGGCGGAGCCCCAGCUCGCGGCCCCGGCGCCCGCAGUUCGCGGCCCCGGCGGUGCCCCCGGCCCCGGCCCCGGACGUGGCCUCGGACGCGGACCCGGACGCGGACGCGGCGAGCGGCGCGGACCUGGGCGCGAGCCCCGCGGCGCAGCGCAGCCCGGAGCCGCCGGCGGACCCGGCGCAGGCGGGGAUCCCGGGACGUCCCGCGGCCGGCCCCGCGGCCGCCGGCGCCAACGGCGCCGCGGCGAAGAAGCUGUCGGGGCCUCUCAUCUCGGAUUUCUUCGCCAAGCGUAAGCGAUCCGCGGAGAACAAGCCGAACGAGGCGCCCGCGGCCCCGGCCGCCGCUCCGGCUCCCGGCCCCGCGCCCGCGGUGGGCGGGGCGGAGCAGACCCCUCGCAAGCGCCUGAGAUGAGCUAGUUUACGGAGCCCUCGGAGCCCUCGGGAUCGCCGGGCAGCGGACUAAGGAAGAGCUUUGGACCUCGGCUGGGACCGUCAAUGUAGCAUCUUCGGCCGCUGGCUGCACGAGCAGCCCUCGAUGUCCUUAACUAAUUGGAAACUGUGCAAUGUAUCAGUACCUAUAUAUGCUGCACAAGCAUUUGGGCGGUCCCAAGGUGCAAAGCUUUAAGAGUCAUUUAUAUAAAGUGUUUAAUCUCUGCUGAAACUCAGUGCAAGGAAAAAAAAAAAGGAAAAAGAAAAAAAAAGGAAAAAAAAGACAAAAACCAUGUAUAUUUGUACAAAAAAAAAACUUAAAAAAAAGUUAUACUAACUUAUAUUUUCUAUUUAUGUCCUGACGUGGCUGUCUCUCUCUCUCUGCCACGCAAAGUUUCGGUUAUUGGUUAUGCCAAAGGCACAACUUUCCUCACCCCGACUCCCCCCCCACCCCCCCAAAAAAAGAAAUCAGACUAUUGACACUUUCCUUUAUGUAGCAGACUCUAGGGAAGGCUCCGUACACUAGCUGCAGCUGCGCACCUCGCUUGCUGUCUCUGCGCUUUCGCUCUCUUGCUAUUGUUACUCUUAUGAACUUGAAGACAAACGUGUUAAAAAGAUGGUUCCCGAGCCGCCUGCCCCACUGCCCGGCCCCUCCUCCGCCGGGUUCUAAAUAAAGAGGCCAAAAAC